GAAGCGUGAGAAAAUGUGUGAGGCGUCCCGCGAAUUUUAAGUAGCAUACCCAGCAUAGCGUAAAUGUGCAUAGCUCAGCUCAUCUCACGACGAUCUCCUCGGCCGCAAAGCGCGCAAUCGAAGCGAUUCACGGCGGGCUCCCCUCGUAGUGCCACAUGGUCACAGUGCGGUGGCCACAACCGAUCGGGUGCCUGCUGCAACAGAUAAACAAGGACGCGACGCGUCACCCGCGACGGGUGUGGGGAUGGAUGAGAUGGAUAAACCCAAGAGUGCGUCGGCUAUGCAGAAGGAGGAGCUGGUCUGCAUAUUCGAAGAGUACCAGCAAAAGCACAAGCUAGAAAACCUGGAUGACAGUAAAGAGCGUUCCCGGUUUUGGGCCGCGGCCACCGCUCGGUUGAACAAGAUCGACGGUGGCACAUCGAAAUCCCUCUCCAAGUGGGUCAAGUACUGGGCGGAUGUUAUCAUUAACCUGCGGCGCAAGUGUCGUCUCGUGGUCGAGGGUCGAUCGCGCAAAGUCCCCCCAACACCGCUGGAGGUGCGCAUCCUGCGAGCCAGCAACUGCUACGACGUCCUCGAACAGUGGAUGAAGGCGGUCGAUCAACACAACAGCUCCAUCGAUAUUUCGCUCAGUGGCGGCGAGGAGUACUACCCCGAGGAUACUGGAGUGCAGAAGGAGGAAAUCGUGGUCGAGAACUACAACGACGAUCAGCUCGAUGAGGAGGAACAGUACGUGACCAGCUACACCAAGUCUGAAAUCGAUUCGAGCACAUCGCAAAUCGUCACGACCGAGCUGCACAUUCGCAAACCUUCGAUCGAGGAACUGAAAAGCUUAUCGACGGCCACCGUCGGUACGACCAUCACGACGGAAACGCCCGAGUAUGUGGAGCUGACGACGGUCAACACGGCGGACUGCGAGUUUCUACGCCCCAAGCAGUCCAUACACCAGCACCAGCCGGAUCGAUUGAAGGAAAACCUGAAACGCAACAGCGAGAAGCUCGAGUCGGUGAUGAAGAAACGGAAAAUCGACGACUCCAAGUACGCCAUCGCCCAAGCGCUCACCAACAUGUCAUCCGCCGUACUGGCCCUGUCCCACGGACUGAACGAUCUCGCGAAUGCCCUCAUGAACGACGUACUGUAGCGGGCUCGAGUGGUGCGUGCACCCGUGCCGCCGUUAGUUAAUUUUUAAGCACAAAUCCACGGACAACCACGGAACCAAAUUCGGACGCAGUAACACACAACACUCACACAGCAGCGUAUCGUUUACUAAAUAAAUGUAUCGAUUUUAUUGUAUUAA